UUACGUGUGUCCUGAGAGUUUUAUAUCAUCCUGUUGUUUGAUAGACCCCCCUUUAUAUCAUAGCUACAGUCUCUUCACUGCCAGGGUCCUAUGUCAGUGCAUCUUCCAUGUUUGCUUAACUCUCCCAGCUCGCCAGUUUUCCUAUUUUUGAAGAGUAUUUUUAAUUCUAUAAAUGGACUCUACUUGUGUUAUCAAGGAAAAUGAAUUUUGAUUUGGACUGAGAAAGAUGAGAAAUACAGUCACACUUUGCCCAGGGCUGAUGGAGGACUCGGGGUCCAUGAAAAAGAAGUCCACCCCAGAGGAAUUGAUCAUCAUUGUUUAUGAGGAUGGUAAGAACAAUGGAGAGAAUGAGAUGUGUGAGACCACCACAGUCAUCAUUGACACCAGCAACAUAAAGGUGGAAGAUGGAGGACUCAUUCAUCUAGAGGAGUGCCCUGAAGAUGGCGAUAGCCCUGUACAAAUUUCCCAAGAAGCGGUUAGCAUGUCCACGAAGCAGGACUGUGCUGGGUGCAAGAAGACCAUCUCUGAUCGUUUUCUCCUGAAGGCCAUGGAGCAGUAUUGGCACGAGGACUGUCUCAAAUGUUCCUGCUGUGACUGUCGUUUAGGAGAAGUGGGCUCUACCCUAUUCUCUAAGGCCAACCUCCUUCUGUGUAGGAGGGACUAUCUGAGACUGUUUGGGACGACUGGAUACUGCUCAGCCUGCUCCAAAAUGAUUCCUGCAUUUGAAAUGGUCAUGAGAGCCAAAAGUAAUGUCUAUCAUUUGGAAUGCUUUGCCUGUCAGCAGUGCAAUCAUAGGUUCUGUGUUGGGGACAAAUUUUAUCUGUGUGACAAUAAAAUACUGUGCGAGUAUGACUAUGAGGAGAGAAUGGUGUUUGCCAAUAUGACCUGCAGUUACAAUGCCUUGUCCCAGAUCAAGAAACAAACACAGAGUCUCAGUGAUGACCUGUCCAGUGGGUACGGAAGCCCCAGCCCUAAUUCAUUAUAGGGCCAAGGGAGUCACACCCUCACCCACCCCUGAACAGGAUUUGACACCUUAUUACAUGGGCGCAAAUGUGAUUUGUGUGUGUUUAAACCACAUUCAUCAUCACUGUGUCAUUUUUCUUCAGUCAAUCAUAUGAUGCAUCAGUUUUAGAGACGAAGGACAUCAUCCACCAUUGUGAACAGCAACUCAGGAGCAAGUUCCUAGUCAAUCGACUGAAAACCUAGUCAUCGCAUCAGAUUGUGAACAAUAUGUAUCCCUGAAUACGUCAAUUUGGAUGUUAUUGUACUCAUAUUGUGUUGUUUUCUUAAAUAUGUCAAUGAAAGUACAGAAAGUCUACAGUAAAAAUAAGUUAUCCUCAACAAUGUUCUAAAUCCGCACAGUGCUUAAUCUGGAUAAAUUUCUAAUAUCAAUCCUUUUGAAUGAAUGGCAGCUGUGUUUGGUAUUUUCAUCCUCUCAUAAAAGAGUUGCAGAGAUACACAUGCAGUGACUCUCCUGUUGGUACAUUUGUUUAUUCAUUUGUCCGUUUCUUCCUAUGUUAUUUUCUCUGCCUUUUGUACAAGAUUUAAGUAACAUCUCUCCUUUUUUUGUAUCAGAUUUGUAGGAACGAUACUUUGGAUAAAAACUUUGGUACAUAUUGGUUUCAUAAUUUUUCACCCAAUGUUUGUCAGCUUUGUAGGAAAAAUAUCUUGUAGAAAAUCUGGUUCUAUUGGUUUUCAAGGUUACAUGUGAAUGGUCAAGGUCACUUGAAAGGAAAUUCUGAAAUGUCCUAAAGACAAGAUUUAAAUUACAUUUAUUACCUAAGUUAAGGUCUUCUUUUUUUUUUUAAAUAUAUCAUGUUGUGAGAAAAUGUCCCACUUUGCUUAGCCCUUGCUCACUUUACUUAUUUUCAGCAGGAAAUAUUUAAAUUUACAGAUGUAGUUUGUACACAAUGAUGCUCAUGUUAGGAUUAAUGUUGUCUGGCUAGCUUAAAACUUUUUUGCUCUUGUAAAGAUAAAACUUUUUUCUGAGUUGAGUGUGUUGUAUGGAUCAUUGUCUAGAAAAUUUAUUUUAAAUACAUUAUGAGUCGCAGGCAUCACUAAUGUUAUUAAUUAUUGUAAAAAGUUCCUGUAAGUUUUGUAUUUUAAGAGAUGUUUGUUAUCUAUUUAAUAUGUUGUCAAAGAGUGCUAAUGUAGAAUAGGCAUACAAAGUGUCACCUGUUUAAUACACAUUCUUAAUCGGAACAUAAUGAGCGAUUUUAAGAAUUUUUCAAUCGGUGUUGAUGUGUGGUAUUAAACAAGGUUCCACUCUUAUUUACAUCUGAUUUCUGCAACAGAAAUCAUUACCUGAAAUAAUUAUACACAAUUUACAAAUGUACAGAAAAAGUGGUGUGACACGCAUCUUUACUACCUGUAGUUUAGAAGUUUUGUGUAUACCUUUCAUCAGUAGAAAGAAUUUCAUUUAAAAACAGAAUUUUAAUAUACACAGCAACAUUCCAUCUCUGUUUUCAUCCGGUUAAGAAAAUACUGUGUACAUUUAUAUGAAAUCACGAACAGUUAAUUUAUUUCAUUUUGAUAAUGAUUUGUCUUUAAUAAUGAAUUUUGAUAUUUUAGUAUACCAUGCUACUAUGGAUUCUCCUGCAUUUAAAAUGUACAAAGGGAGUAUCUUGUUCAUAAUCUAAGCAGUGUAAAUAUAUGUACCAAUUGUCUGUUGACUUUUUUUUUUAUUACAUCUAUUGAUUGUUUUAGUUUCUGUUGUACAAUUCUGUGUACGGACCUAGUUAUGGAGUAAACACCACACAAUUAACAUGGUCUGUCCUAGUGCACAUGUGUACCAAUACAAUUUACACACUAUAAGAUUUCAGACAUUGAAAUGUAGAAUUCUUCCCUCUUAGUUAAUUAUGGAAUAUCUUCAAAUCACCUUUUCCUCCAGUGAUUGAUUUAAGACUGGUAUUUAUGAGUUCUUUAUACAACCUCCAAUUUUGCUGAUGGUUAUAUUCCCAACUUUUAAAUUCCACUCUUUUGUUGUCCAUUCUGUAUAUAUACAACUACAUUAUAAUCAUAUUGCAGCUCUGAUGUCCUGGUUUAGACCUACACUAAAAAGUCUGCAGCAAAAAUAAAGGCAUAAUUACACUUAAAAUCACUAGUCAAACAGUUCCACAAUAUUGACCAUUCACACUGCAAUACUGAAUAACUAGUCUAAAGAAAAGUAAUGCUAGUCACAUAUUUAUUACAUUGUAUUGUAGUGCUUUUGGAAAAAUCAAGCCAUCCCUUGUCCAGCAGUGUUGUUAAAAAUUGUAUGAAUUUUAUGAUCUAGUCCAGUUUUCAUGCUGUAGUUGAAUAUGUCAUGCUACAAGUCUAGAAUGGAGUGCAUAGUCAUAUCUAGUGUGCACUUUAAAACUAAUCCGUGUACCAGUAUUUAACCAAUAUUUGAAUUUUGACAUUCAAAAGUGUCGGAAACUUUAUCUAAACAAUAUUUAGCCCGUUACACUUUUGCUAUUCGGUUUUUAUUUUUUUCAUUUGGUCGGGUAUUAAUGCACUUUCUCUAGAUGUCAUGGGGGUUUUUUUUCUGAAGGAAUCACAACAAAGGUUAAACUGUAUUGAAAAUUCUUAUUGAUCUUUUUGGCUCAUACCACUUUUUACGAAGAUAAAUACACAAGAUCUGAAACUGAUAUAUACUUCUCUAACAAAUUUUGUCGUUGGUGAAAUAUGUUGGGGAUGAAUUACAGAUAUGGUGUGCAAGCCAAGAUUUAUAUUUUCCUUCACAUAUUAUCAAUACUGGAAAGUUAUCCCUACCUAUAACACAACAGCAUAUCGAUGUUCUAUUAGUUUUCAAUAAUUUCUUUGCUAACUUAAUAAACGGUCCAUAGGGCAAACUAUAUUGAAUGUCUGUGUCCCGCUUUUCUAGUUUCAUGUAAUUUAGAUAUAUAUUUCUUGUUUGGGUACAAUGGACUAUGGUCAUUGGUGCAUGUGUACUGUACAGUUUUCACAGUCCAUUGAUUUGUUGUUUUUUGAUUUAAUAUAAAAUCAAGGCUUUUUAUAAUUUUUUUUUUUUUGGGCUUUUACAGAGUUUAUUUAGAAAGAUUACAUCAAAUUGAAUAAAACUUCAAAAUAUUUUAAAA